GAUCCCAGACUUGAGCGCGUGCGGUUCCUGCGUGCGCCUUGUCCCGCACGUGUCACCUGCUGAGGAUGACGCCCAGGUGAGGCGCUGCCGGGUGGGCUCGACCCUCCGCCGGGGGACAUGCGACCAUGUCCCGCUGCACGCUCCGGCUCGCGCGGCUCCUGCUCGGCUUCACGCUCAUCCACACGGUCCAUGGAGGGUUUUCUCACUGCCAGCUGCACUGGGAGAUGCAGAGAGCCCACAGAGAGUGUCAGAGAGAGCUGCAGCAGCACACCCAGGCUGGCCCGGCUGCAGGAUGCCUCGGGGAGUGGGACAAUGUUUCGUGCUGGCGCAGUGCGGUGGUCGGCGAGGUGCUGACCCUCCCCUGCCCCUCCUCCUUCCUGCUCCUGUUUGGCAAGAAGGGUAACCUGAACCGGAACUGUACAGAGAAAGGCUGGUCCAGCGUUUACCCCGACAUCACCGUGGUCUGCUCGUCCUACGACACCGACGAGCCCUCAGAGCUGGUCUUCUACAAGGUGGUGCAGUUCCUGGCCACUCUGGGCCACAGCCUGUCCCUGGUCACUCUGCUCACCAGCACCGUCAUCCUCUGUUUGUUCAGGAAGCUCCACUGCACGAGGAACUACAUCCAUCUCAACUUGUUUGCCUCGUUCAUGCUGCGCGCCGCCGCCGUGCUGAUCAAAGACGCCCUGCUGUUCCCCGACGACGAGGCCGCCGACUGCAGCACGCAGCCGUCACUGGUGGGCUGCAAGGCCAGCCUGGUUUUCUUCCACUACUUCAUCAUGGCCAACUUCUUCUGGCUGCUGGUGGAAGGCCUCUACCUGCACUUUCUCCUGCUCGUCAUCCGCACCUACGCCGUCCGCCUGCCCGUCUACAUGCUCAUCGGCUGGGGAAUCCCGUUUGUGUUCAUGGUGGCGUGGAUCAUUUGUCGGGUCCACAUGGAGGACACCGGGUGUUGGGAGGUGAACGACAACCCCGUCCCCGACCGACUCAUCAACUGGCCCAUCAUGGCCGCCAUCAUCAUCAACUUCGUCCUGUUCAUCAGCAUCAUUCGUAUCCUGAUCCAGAAGCUGCGCUGCACUGACGUCGGAGGGAACGACCAAUCGCAGUACAGGCGCCUGGCGAAGUCCACGCUCCUGCUGAUCCCUCUCUUUGGGGUGAACUACGUGGUGUUCUUCUACCUGAUGGAGUCGGCUGAUAAAAACGUGAAGAAGAUCAAGAUCUUCUUCGACCUCGGCCUCGGAUCCUUCCAGGGUUUCAUCGUGGCGAUCCUCUACUGUUUCCUCAACAGCGAGGUUCAGAGUGAGCUGAGGAGGAUGUGGAGGCGUUUGUCGCUGAAGCGUUACGUGGGACGGGACUACAGGCCGCACGCCAUGUCCAUGAGCCGGAACGGCGCGGAGAACUCUCAGCUCCCCAGGAACUGCAGAGCCCAGUCCAUCCUGCAGACCGAGACCACCGUGCUCUGACCGGACCGCACGCUUCUGUUUUUACCGAGACUCUGAAAGGAUCUGUGGAGUUCUGAAAGACAUUUAUCUUCUUGUUUUAUAUUGCUUCACGCAGCAGGGACUCAACUCGCAGCCUGAAGGUUUUUGUAGACCACUGCUGAACGUGUCCAGGUAUUUCGGCAGUUUCAACUCUUUUUGUGACCUGGAGUUACUUUCAUUUCAUGUUUUUAAAAUUGUAAAAAAAAGAAGUGCUUUUUAAGAAGAUAACUCCAUCCUUCAGUACCUGGCAGUUCCUCAGUACUCAUGUGUUUUUCUUGACACUGAGAAGCUGGUGUUAUGAAAGCCGGACAUGCUGAUGAAUCUUGUUUCGGUGGAGGAAUAUACAUUGAUGUGUUGAUAAAACUAUAUUUCACUGCUUUCUGGAAGCUUUGGAAUUUCAUAGAAAUCGUUAAUAGUCCAGGAGUUAUGGAUAAAGGUGAAGGCAGGAUGGGAAUACAAGGAUUACACUCAAGAACCAUCUACA